AUGAAGGGAUCUCGACAGGUUCUUGCUAAUAUCCGUCCUGGUAUCAACUGGAGUCUUCGUUCACAACAACAACAACAACAACAACAACGGGUGAUAUUACCAAUUCGUGUGUAUAUUGCCGCGGCGAUGUGUGUCUCAGCAGCGAGAAGUCUUCACACACCACUGCAGCAGCAGAUGCGUACACUUCAUCUCUCCGCUAUUGUACGUUCCACCGCAGAAACCCCUUUAACACCAACAUCAGAAAAUAACAACAAUAACAGUGAAAAUAAUAAUAACAAUAAUAAAAAUAAUAGCGUGACGGCACUAGAUAUAGCUAUUCGCGUGAAUAAACUAAAGCGACUACAUCAGACCGGCGGUGGUCCAAGUGGGAAGAAGCGGAUUGAGUUAGACGCCUGGAAUGAUCUCAACAGUCUCACGGAUGAACAAAUUAACGCCGCGGAGGGAAAAGCCGUCUCACUGCUGCUCAACUCAUGGGCGUACUUUGCAAAGUAUUGGGAACAGGGAAAAAAUGGACCGGCGGAGGCCUCCACCGCCUCUGCAGGUGAAGUCUCUUCUCACAGUGAAGAAGCACAGAGAGACAGUGAGAAGGCAAAGGAAUGA